UGCGGCGGGAAUCGUGGUCUACUGCUCCCAAACGAUUUGUGACAAACCACAAAUGCGUCAUUGAAACUGGAUGUAACAAGCUCGCAAAGGGCCCCCGACAAGCUGCACUGAGCUGAUGUUGUUCCCGCCAAUAUGUGGCCAAAACGCUCCGGGCGUGUGAGAAAAAAUGUUCUCGGCGUCAAAAAGAGAUCAAAACGUGCGUCAGCGCUUCCCGAUGGCAAAAAGUCGGCCGCUUGAGAGGAGACGAGUUGCUAGCAAGAUGGCAGCAACAGGACGACAGCAAAGGCAGCAGCUGAGGCUCUUCCUGCAGCGAGUUCCGUGUCCUGCCAAGAGGCCCCUCUACUGGGAGCUUGACGGGGGGGAGUCGUUGGGAGUCGUGCUCAAGGGCAAGACGGUGAUCGAGCACCCGACGGUUUACGUUACCCUUGACGGCAAGGAGACCACCGAGAGGUUCCCGACCCUGGUGGCAGACCUGGAGUCCAACGAUGAUAUUGCCGAAAACCCUUCUCAAGUGAUCGGGGAGCUGGAGAGGGCGAUGGCAGCGCCCGUACCGGCUACCGCGUCCUUGACUGUGAAGGAGGGUCUGGCCCCGAUGGACGCGACAUCCUCCGAGGGAGAGGACGGUGAUUGCAGCAGCAGCAGCAGCAGCAGUUCGGAGAGCGAACGCGAGAGCAGCAGCUCUAGCUCCAGCGAGGAGGAUGACGCCAGCGACGACGAUGCCAGCGACGACGACAAGGGCGAUGAGGAACGAUAACCCCGCCGCCCAUCCUCCAUGAUGCAGAAGCGCCUUCUUAGGGUUCUUCGAUCAAGCAGUCGGGUUGAUCUUAGCAGAUAGGGCACGCCUACAAUGCGCUGACCAAGGAAAGAAUGGCACAUUGUCGAAGACAAUGGUCGAGUUAUCAAGGGCACUUCUCCUCCUCGCCUUGUCCGUGUAGUAGUUGUUGAUCCCCUCGGUGGAGGUAUUUAUAGGGUCAGGGUUUGGGCGAAGCGGUCCUAGGAUAUCGUGGGGAAAAGUUAAUUUUGAGUUCCAUCGCCACGUGGUGGUGUCGUUGUCUUCACAAAUUAUAUCGUUCGUCCAGUCUUACCUCUGCUAAGUACCUUCGAACAUCCGCACU